AUGACGUCUGCACAGGAUGAGGGGCUCCUGAGGGACCCGCCGCCGUCGUACGAGCUGCACGAGCUGGAGAACCCGCUGAUUGCCGGAAUCAUCGAGACGAAUGAGGAGAAGUCUCCGCUGCACAUGGCGUUCAUGAACAUGGCGAACAGUAUCCUUGGUGCUGGGAUCAUCUCGCAGCCCUUCGCGGUGAGGGAGGCCGGUGUUCUGGGGGCGUUCGUCGUGUACAUUGCGCUCGGGUUUCUUGUCGACUGGACUCUGCGGUUGAUCGUGCAGAACCUUGUGAUCACGGGCACGGAGACGUACCAGGAGAGCGUUGCCGUUGCGCUGGGGGAACCCGGGCGGCUUGCGAUCCUCUUGGCGAACGGUCUCUUCGCGUUCGGUGGGUGUGUUGCCUUCUGCAUCAUCAUUGGCGACACGAUCCCACACGUGUUGCGGACCGUGUGUCCACCACAGUACAUCGAGCGCAACUGGGUGAUCAUUGUGGUGACGCUGUUGAUCAGCUUGCCCUUAUCACUUAGCAAGAAGAUCAAGCAACUGGAGCGAGCGUCGUUCCUUGCACUUGUGAGCAUGGCCGUGAUCGUCGUGACCGUGGCCGUCAGGGGGCCCUUCCUGCCUAGCGAGCUCAAAUCUCAAGUGAGUCUGUUCGCACCGCAGUGGUGGUUCCGCAAGACGAUCUUCAAGAGUGUUUCGAUCGUGUCGUUCGCACUUGUGUGCCACCACAACACGAGCUUCAUCUUCCACUCGCUACGCAACAAGUCUAUAUACAAGUUCAACAGGCUGACACACUGGAGCUGUGCCGUGAGUGUAUCCGUGUGCAUGCUGAUGGGGUACACCGGGUUCCACACGUUCAAGGAAAAGACGAAGGGCAACGUGCUGAACAACUUCAGUGGCGACGACGGCUGGAUCAACGUCGCCCGUCUGUUCUUCGGGUUCAACAUGCUCACCACUUUCCCACUGGAGAUAUUCGUGCUACGCAACGUCGUGCUAGACAUCUGGGCGGGACCGACGCACAGGUGGUACCAGCACAGGCGGCACCACCCACCACGGGGAGGCCACACCGCCACGCAGCAGCCACCGCCGCCAGAACCCCACGGCAGCAGCCCAGCCCGCGGGCCAGCCGGACCCCACCCGGGCCUACCGCCGGACCCCGAGCCCAGCGAACAGCCGCACACGGCAGUAACGGUCGUGCUCGUGCUCGCGACGAUGGGCGUCGCCCUCGUGACGUGCAACCUGGGGGCACUGCUGGAGGUCAUCGGCAGCACCACGGGCGCGCUCACGGCGUACAUUCUCCCGCCUCUGACGCACGUGCUGCUCACCAGGCGCCGGCCGCAACCGCACACCGCCCGCGAGCGGUUGGGCCACUGCUGCUGCGUCGUCUUUGGCUGCACGGUGAUGCUCGUCAGCACGACGCAGACGCUGCUGGACUGGUCCCGCAGCGCGGGCCGGGGGGGGCGCCCACUGCGAGUUCUGAGCCGCCGGGCGGUGCCCGCCCGGCCACGUCCCCCCUGCGCCCCCCCCAACCUCGAUUACCGCUUCCGGUAA